AUGUUUUGAGGUUAUUUGUCUAUGGAGGUUAUAAGAUAUAAAUAUGAUUUAUCUUAAUUUAUUAAAAAUAUAAUAAUAAAUAUACAGCGUUUAGUAUUCCAACCAUGAAUUCACUAACUUCACUCAUCUUCAGUCGAUUAUUGAAACCUCAAGCGAUAUUACCUCGAUUUUCAUCCACAGCUAUAGAUAUAGAAACAAAAGUUAACCAGCCUCUAGAAGAAAUACAAAAUAAUGAGCCGGAUAAACUUUAUAAAAUAUUAGAAUUAGAAAUUAAAGGCAAUGAUCCUGCUGUACUUAAGAGUUUUUGCCAGUUUGUUAGUACAGCCGGCAAUCACUUGGGUGUCAAAUCAAAAACAUGGGCUCAAUUCAAACCAUUACAUGAUAGAUUGACAUUACUCAAGUCAGUUCAUAUUUAUAAAAAACAUAGGGUGCAAUAUGAAUUCAGAACAUACUUUAGGUUUGUACAAUUCAAACAAUUGACUGGAUCAACUGCAGAUACAUUAUUAGAAUAUAUCCAAAGGAAUUUACCAGAAGGUGUAGCCCUCAAAUCAACAAAGGUAGAAUUGCAUAGUCUUCCCGAUCACCUUAACUCACCUGCCGGCAAAUGUGUUAAUUAAUUAGUACAUGUAAUUAGAAGUAUAUAUUAAAUAUGUCCUAUUUCUAGUUGAAAAUAAAACAAUGAAGAAACUUA